AUGCCUUCUUCGUCGCGGCUGCGCGGAGCCUGCCAGAUCUACGGCUGGCAGACGAAGGAGGCUAGAUUGCGGCAGCUUCAGGAUGGCGCGGACGACUUUCCGCAGCUCCUGGCGCCGCAUCUCGGCAGCUGGCAAGCAGAGCCUCGCUUGGCCACCUAUUUCCUGAGCCGGCUACGCUCUGAUGCCGCCGGUCGUUUGAUCAGCGCCAUGCGUCUUGGGAAGGUAGAGAUCAACCUUUUCCACUACAACGCCCUGCUUUCAUGCAUGGAGAAG